GGUCUGUUAGUGCCGUAUCCAGGAAGUCGUCUGUGGUUGCCAGGCAAACUUUUGUUGUAAGCGCUCUGCGUGCAUGUUUGUAUGUAAAUGUAUAGGCUAUCUAUUGAUUUAGACGCGACAAUUCUGCAAAAGCGUGAGAGAUGAGUUGCUGUCAUGGGUCUGAGCUCCAGGAGGUCCGUCCUGGUACCGCACAGGUCCUGGUGACUGAGCUGAGUGGUUCAGGCUCCAUCAACCCAACUCCUGCAACUAAACCCUAUGAGGAGUCUGACACACCAGUGGAACUUUACCUUUCCCCAGAGAAGUUGAAAUUGCUGUGUGGCACACGGGACCUCUCUAAUGUGACCUCGCUGGAGAUCAGUGUAGACACCCAAGAAAAAACACUUGGGAACUUUGGUGUCUACUUGCCCAGAUUAGUGCAACUUAAAAUGAACAACAGCAGGAUCCUGUCAGUAAGAGACCUGGGAACCACCAUCUCCCACCUGCAGGUGCUGUGGAUGUCUCGGUGCUGCCUACAUGACCUAGAUGGCAUUUCUACUUUCUCUGCUGUUACGGAGCUGUACUUGUCUUAUAACAAUGUCUCAGACCUGAGUCAGGUCGGAAUGCUGGAUAACCUGCAGCUGUUAGAUCUGGAAGGGAAUGACGUGGAUGAUUUAGUCCAGGUUCAGUAUCUCGCUUUAUGUAGCAAACUGCAGAGACUUACCCUGGAGGGAAACCCUGUGUGUUUACGCCCAAACCCCACUUCAUCUCAGACGACAGAAUACAGUUACCGGGAAGCAGUGAGGGAGCUGCUCCCUCAGCUGCGUUACCUUGAUGAUGUAAAGGUGGAGGAGGACAGGCUUAGCUGCUGUAGCACCAUGGGAGAAGACUGGGACAUUCUCAAAAACUCCAUUAGAGAUUCUAACUCUCAUCCUGCUGGUGAAGAUGACAGUGCACAUCCUUACAGCCGACCCAGCUCAGCCAGAUGCCCUUCUCCCAGCUUCUCCAUAGUCUGGCCCCUAUCAUCAUCAGGCUCCAGACUCAUGUCAGCAAUCCGGCCUGGAGUUCUCUCCCCUUGUGGAUCCAGACCUGGUUCUGCAGACUCAGAUAUGGCAGUAGUGGAAGCUGAAGCCAGUGCCCUGACUCACGGAGCAGGCAAGAUCCUGUUCUGUGGAAACCCAGUCCAGGCUAUUCGAGCAAAGCGACAAAAGUUAAGGACAGCACCCACCAGGUCUACUUUCACCCCCCGGGACUUUCCCAUCCACAUACCAGAACACACAUAUGACCUCGAGGAGCCUGAUCUUACAGAUCGUGCCAAUGUCUUUGCAGAGCUCAGAGCUUGGAGGGAACAGCAUAGCAGACGUCUUGAGGCCAUAGAGAAAGACAGACUACCACAGAUCCUGUCCAUUCAACACUGCAAUGAAGAAGAAGAAGAUGGUAAUGAGGAAGAAGAAGGCUUUGGCUCUUUGAGAAGUGACAGCAGUGAUGAAGAACAUGGAGAGGAGAAAGACUAUGACAACCGAGAAGCUGCCUCACUAGAUUCCUCUUUCCAGUCUCUUUCUCCAGAUCUGCUUCUCAGAAGAAACUUAUCCCCUGAUAUGGCUCAACUGUCCCUGUCCUCAGACACUACACUGUUCCCUUCUCCUCCUCUCAAAGGCACUGCAGCUGCUGGCAAUCUGAAGCUGCAAGGGAUCCGUGCACGCAGGCUUCAUUUUAGCCGGGCCAGCUCACAAGAUUUAUCUGAAUUCAGUAGAGUAGAGUAUUCUGCUGAAAUAGCUAUGACUGCAGCAGAUACAGACCAGCAGAUAAGUAGGAACAAUGUGCCUCCAGUGGCCAUCUCUGCACCCAUACCGCACCCACCUCCAUCAGCCACCAUGAGUGAAAGGCUCAAGCAUUCACGCAUGAAGAUGGACUCCAGUGUGCAGUCAAGUCAGAAGCAGGAAGUAUCCAAAGUCCUCAAGAGACCAGCGAUAACCCGCCCUCACACAGCCAGGGCAGCUCUACAGAAACAUCACCAGCACCACUAACUACAGCCCUGCAGAGGGAGCCCACAGCCAGACUGACACUAGAGUGGCUAGCUUAUAGGGAUCAGUAUGAUUACUCUUAACUGCUCCAAUAAUGGGGAUCAUUCCCCUUUUUCAACUCAUCACUCAGCCCUGUAUUCGUUCCUCCUUAUUCACACUAUGCUUUCCUUGUUUUCUCCUUUGAAAAUGAAGUAUUUUUGUCGACUCUCACCAGUGCCCAACAUCCAGUAAACUUGUCACAGCUUACAGCUUUAA